AUUUAAAUAACUAGGCAUGCAAUGUAUUCAUUUGCGAUUUCAUUUGUUAAUCGUAAUUAAAGAUUAAUCGACAAAUUUUUUUCAUAAAAUGAGUCUUAUCCAGAUGGAGGAUAAUGAUAGCAAAACAUAUACUCAAUCUGUCCAAAGAAGACUUGAAAGUAUGGUACAGUACAGAAAUGAUAAUUGGAAAAUGUCACAUGGUUUUAUUAAUACUACUCAAAAAAACGUGGUUUUGCAACAAAAUUCGACCUAUCUGCUCUGUACCUACAAAAAUAGGUUACAAAAUGCUUGUCCAGCUGACAUUAAACUGCUGAAACGUAACGUUCAGGAAGACUUAAAAUCAAAAUAUGACGAAUUAAAAUCUGAAGAUGUUGAUUUUGAAGAAUGUGAAGCAGAUUUAGACAUACAUCCUAGUGAGUUAGCAAUAGAUCCACCAAAAGUGAAGAUUUGGGACGAAUACAGGAAACUGAUAGAAUUAUCAAGACAAAAACCAAAAUCAAAACUUAAGCAAUCAUUGAUACACGUGACAUCGUUACCAAAACUUUAUGUCAAUAAGUAUAUCUAUUAAAUAACGGUUAAAAACGUUGAAUUUCAUAAUCUUCGUAUUAAAUCUUCCGAACCAGGUCUUACUCCAAGCUACGAUCAGGUUUGGACAGUCGAGUGAAAAGAAGCAUACUAAAAUCUGAUACCCAAAAGAGUAUAUUAGUGGCCAACACGAAUUACGUGCAAUUUCGUAAUUUUAAAUUGAAAAAGAUGUAUAAGGUUCGUCUUGACUAGUUU